AAGAGGUUAACACGUGUCAAACGUUCGUGACAGAAAUGAUAUUUUUGUAUACUCGUAUCCAAUCCCUUUACAUUUUUUUAACUUUUACUUUAUUAUUUUACCCUGGCACUAAUGGCACGUCAAUUGAAGACUGCGAGCCAAUCCGUACAUCUGGUACCGGUACCGUCCUCUUUAACCCUACUGACGUAUUUAAAACUUGCUGGUCUCAGGAGGAAAUCGCCAUUAUAACCGCUAGGAUUAUUUUAGAAGACGUGAUCCCCGACCGAAGGCUUAUUUCAAUACAAUGCAACGAUGACGUGGAGGAUUUUAUCACUUAUUUUAAGGAGGUUAUCGAAACAAUUCGUGGAAAAACCAAAGCGCGAAAACGCCACAUAAUGUUACUAGCCUUAACAGAUCUACUCGGGGGGUACCUACAUCAUGUAAUUCUACCCAUGGCUCGUAAAGCUUACUAUUCUGGUGCAGUGGAUUACUUAUACAUGGAGAAGCUUAUACAAUUAUAUGAAGAGAUCAAGUGGUUCUUGCGUACAAACGGACAAGGUUGGACCAAACCUAUGGUUGUUACUAAAGAUGUAAAAACCCCUCUAAUUAACAUGGAUACAAUCCAUAAUAAUGUAAGAGUGAACGACACGAGUUGCAAACGGUUGAUGUAUUUCGAACACGAACCGCUUAGAACCAAAAGGAGCGUGAGUGUUGAAAAAGGCAUAUAUUUCCCUUUGCCCUUUUUCGAUGCCAAACUAAAACCUACGGCCAUCGCACUUCCGCUUAAGCGUUAUGGCUUACGGAAUAUCGAAUCUAGGCGAGCCGCUUGCGUUGUGAUGAAAUUCUUUAUAUUAGCGGAAGAGUGUCUAAAAGAUAAAUCGGCCAAAUCUGACAUGGUACAAAAAUUCAGAAAUAACUUAUACACUUGGAUCGAGAAAGAUGUUGUCCCAAAACUACCUGACGAUAAAUUUUAUUCAGCUUUUGGUGGGAUAUUGAGAGUGCAAGCCACAUUAAAGAGUCUUGGUGCUAAAAUAGGGAAUCAACCAUGCAAUCCCGAUGAGGGUGAAGAAGAGAUUAACGCAGUACCUGGCAUUGGUUGCUCUUCACGCAGGAACAAACUUUUCCUUAUCGCAAUGCUCGUUAUAAUUGUUGCAUGGUUCUUGAUCGGAACCUGUUUUAUAUGCUAUCGCAUGAAAAACAACCGCGAGGGAAAACCCAAGGGAUAUAACGAUGAAGGAAGUUCUAAAGAUGCCACAGCUAGUUCCAGCUCUUUUUCGUCUUCAAAAUGGUCAUCGGUCUUAUCAAAAUCCUCGUCAAAAUCCAGCAAGCAGCUCUGCAAGUGCUGCGAGUCCAGCUUAAGUGAAAAAUCAACUACCAAUUAUACAUCUACUAGCGAAUAUGACUCUGAAAAAUCUAGAAAAGCUAGGAUAAGGGGCUCACGAACAUUUAGAAAAAGUAAAAGUUCCGCAUGCGUUUGUCCCAGCAAUGGUCCUGCCAUCAUAGACGCAAAAAACUCUGUAAAAGUCUUGCCCUCUAUAGCGGAAAUGUCUGAGCAAUCAGUCAUGGAAAAAAACCAAGGUUCGUUCAGGAAGAUCUCGUUUGCAGAUGAAUCGGGUGUGUCUAGCAGCGAUGGAGGAAAAAUAUGUGUUCCUCCGUGGACUCAACGAGGCUCCAAUAUGAUUCCUUGCCCCGUUUUAUCAGAGAAAAAUGGUAACUACUCUAGCUCCAUGAGCAAUACCAUGAAAAGUCACAAUCUAUCUGAGGCGCCCUUAGCUAGUUCGUCCAGAAUGGAUAAUCAAACAGAAAACACGUCGAGACAUGAAGGGACUCAGUUAACUGGAAAGGAGUCAGUGAGCGCUCAAUUUGAUGAACCCUUAGCCAACUCAACAUUUAAACAAGAAACUUUUGAUCCUAAUUUGGAACAGUCUAGCAGCGAGCAUAAACGCCCAUUUUCAACAGCUACUAACACCUCAUAUGAAGAUGGAAAUCGGAUUGUCAAGAAAGAAUCUUAUAGGGAUAAUGAAAAACCCCGAAUCAAGGAAGAACCUGGAAUUAAAAAAGAACCCUCAUUUGAUGAUCCAGGGAACGAUAUUCUUAACUAUCAUGCUGCCGCAUGUCACUCUAGUAUUAGUGGUAGUUAUGAUUUAUAUCAUAAGACCGAUCCCAAUAAGCCUUAUAUUUUCGGGUAUGAUUUUCAAACCACCACCUCUUCAGAUCUUAGUGAUGAUGACUAAUACUGUGUAUUAUUUUAGAGUAGCAUUACAGUGAUGUAAAUAAUAUGCAUUUUUUCAAAGUC